GUACAAAAAAAAAAAAAAACUUUCUGGAAAGCCUAUGCAAUUUCUUUGUGCUACAUUCUCUGAAAAAAUCUUCCAUCAAAAUCCUACUGUAAAAACCCGUCUGGCAUUUCCGAUUUUCCGGCAUGGAUAGCGACACAAACUGGUCGGAGAAGGUGGAGGAUCUCGUCGACGGCGGAGAAAUCAAUGAGGCCAUUUCUUUGCUAGAGAAAUUAGUCGCAAAGCUAGAAAAUGAGUCCCGAAACUCGUCAGAUUCCCAACUUCGUCUAUCUAUUGCUCUACUAGACUUGUCGAAGCUCUACUCCACUCAAGGCUUAUCUUUACAAGCUGACCAGACGCGCUCAAAGGCAUUUCUAAUUAAACAGCAGCAAGAAUCUAUUAAAGAAAAUAGGGAUGUAAAUGCUACCAAGGAGCCAACUGGUGAUGGCAUUUCAGGAACCCAGGUUUCACAAAGUGAUAACAGGGAUCGCGCUAGCUUGCAAAUUGAUACCUCACAGAAUGAUGAGGAUGAUGAUUGGGAAGCUGUUGCUGAUCGUGCUCCAGAUGAAUUACUUUCCCCACAACACUUGUUAGAAGUGUCUAAAAUUUCUUUACAAGAUUCGAAAGUUCAAGCCCCCAAGCGACGUGGAAGGGGUACAUUCUCCUAUCAGAAGCACAGUCUCUACAGCGAUCAGCAGUCUGAUGAGCCUGCCGUUGAUGACAUUGAAGAUGAAACUGUUUCCGGUACUCCAGAAGGGAGCUCAGAUACAAAAAAUUUAAACUAUGGAACGCACCACGUCUUGGUUGUGGCUGAUUUCCCACCAAGCACUAAAACAAAUGACCUAGAGAAACUGGUGGAGAAAUUUAAAGACGAUGUAGCAAUUCGCUGGGUCAAUGAUACAGUUGCACUUGCAGUGUUCAGAACACCAGUCCUUGCAUCAAAGGCCAGUGACUUGAUACACUGUCCAUUUACAGUGAGGGUACUGUGUGAGGAGGACGAGCUUUUGAGCACAAUUCCUCCAAGAGAUCUGGAGCCUCCUCGUAGAAGACCUCAGACAUCAGCUAGAACCGCCCAGAGGCUGAUUGCUCAAAGUAUGGGUAUAAAGUUGCCUUCUACGGACUUCGGUUCCAGAGAAUAUAGGAGACAGGAGGAAGCCAGGAAGAACCGGAUAGUUUCAAGACAAAACCUGAAGAAUGAUGCUUGGGGUGAUGAUGACAGCUAAGAUUCAUUUGUUCAAGCUCUCUCAAAAUUUCAUUUGUUCUUCAGUAUGCAUUAAACCAGCCUCAACUUUUUGAGUUUUGCUCAUCUUUGAACAUAUGAUUGAAUGAUUCUUGAUUGGUUUAAAAAGUACUGUACCCUCAUACUUGUAUAGCUACAGAAAUGACCCAAACUACAUUCAAUUUCUCCAGUUUCUGAUGUAUAUCUUUGAUGCCAAAAUUGUAUCAUUUGUUUUGUUUGGCUAUCUCAUUGGAACCUGUGACUUGCCCA